GUCCCUUCUUUUCGUUGUACACUUUUGACAUCUAAUUUUAGGGGUUGUCGACUUUCUCCCCUAUUUAUGGUGAUUUACAAUUUCAGCACAUAUUUUUUAAAGUUGGCCAAUUUUUUCCAUAUUACCCCAAAAGCGGUGUAGCCACGGGUUCUUUACUAGUUUAUUAUUAACAAAGCAUGUUUUUGGAGAUUACUCAUUUUUUUUUCCAAGGUAACUUCCUCCAUAUUUUAACAGAGCGCGCUUUCAGCUUCCAUUGUCGUCUCGAUCCUUCUAGAUCUUCUUCGCUGCCGUGUCAUUAGACACUAGCUCGCAGAUUCACUAAACUACUAAAGCGAACAUUCAAAUUACUUUUUCGUUUGAUCCCAUCAAAUAAAACCUCCAGAAUCUUGACGCAACACAGAGAGAUCAAGAAACGAUGUUCGGAGUCGUGUUCCCAAAUCGUAGUUUCCCGAUGGACAUCUCUACUUUUACCCAAAUCGACACCUUUCACUGGCUCCUAGACAUGAACACAUUCGUUGGUGAGGCGUAUGAUUCAAUCCGCGAAGUCUGCAUCUUUCUUCUCAAUAAUUUCACUCUUCCACCCGACAAAGCCCUAGCUGUGUACAUCCAAUCACCUGGGUCCCCUUUCCAAUUCGUCGGCGCAGUAACCCUAGCCCGCCCUUCCGCCGUCCUCUCCCUCCCCUGGCCUGAUCCAGGCGGAGAAGGACUUCACAAACAGCUCACCGCCCCCGACGCCGCCCCUCUCUCAGCCAAAAUCGGCGUUUCCGUUGAAGACCUGGCCUCUCUCCCAUCACUUGAUGUGGCAGCGGAGAAAAGGAUUGAGCGGCUGGCUAUGAAGGUUGGGGAAAAUUUGUUUAAUUUUAUGCAAUCGUUUUGUGGAGUUGAUGGGAGCAAAUUGGUGGUGCCAAUGGAUAUAUUGGAUCGGUGGUUUAAAAAGUUUCAAGAACGGGCGAAACGAGAUCCUGAGUACUUGAAGGGAUUUGCUUUGUAGUGUGAAUUAAGGUUCUAAAUAACGUAAGGCGUGACUUGGCGGCAAUCUCAAGCCUCAUGCUUUUCCGAGCCUUGGCGAGCCACGUCGUUUGUAAGGCGUGACUUAAGGCGGCAAUUUUGUAUAUAAUUCAUAUUUUUAUAUGUAUUUUCUACUAUUAUUCAUUUUUAUACACAUAUACAAGUCAAGGCGGCGUUUUGGUAAAGCUUGGCGGCACAUACAAGCCUUGGAGGCAUGGCGCGUCAUGACGGAGCCAUGACGAGCUUUUUAGAACCUUGGUUUUGAUUGAACAUGCAUUCUGUGUGUAUAGUUGAGGCG